UUUGUGGUGAGCUUCACUGCAGUCUGCUGUAUAUAACCUUCUUUUCGCUGCAGAGUGAAGUUCCAUUCUCUCUACUGCGACAUGGCUCUUAUUCCUCUGCUUCUGCUGGCGGUACUGCUGCCAACUUCAUGCCAUUCUGCCAGCAUGAAAGUUGGUAUAAUAAAUGGCACUGAGGCUAAAGAACACUCCAGACCCUACAUGGUUUCUAUCCAGUACCAUAAGCAACACAUCUGUGGUGGGUUCCUCAUCACCGACAGCUUCGUCAUGACGGCUGCGCACUGUGCAAGCAAGAUAGAAAACAUAAACUGGGAAGAUGUGACAGCAGUUGUUGGGGCUCAUAACCUGAGCACCAAUAACUUCGAGCGCAUAGCAGUGAAGGAGCACUACAGCCAUCCAAACUUUUCCGCCCCACAUAACGACAUCAUGCUAUUAAAGCUCGGAAAGUCAAGUGCAAACAGCAGAAAUACUCGCUGCAUUUCCAUAGAUGUAAAAAGAGACAGAUAUAGUAAUUGCAGUGUAGCUGGUUGGGGAAUCAAAAACGAUGGAAUGAGAAGCGAUGUUGUUCGAGAGGCAAAAAUCAGAAUCAUAACUGAUAACUGUAAACUGUGGUGGUCUUUCUUCAAUGACUCAACUAUGCUGUGUGCAGGGGGUCGCAAUAGUGGAAUUUGCCAGGGAGACUCUGGAAGUCCUUUAGUGUGUAACAAUUUAGCAGUUGGUAUUGUUGCAUUUCAAGAGAAAGACUGUUUUCAUCCCAAACAACCCAAUGGCUAUACCAGGAUAUCUGCAUUCCUGCCCUGGAUCAAUAAAAUUCUUAAGAAAUAAGUAAUUAUUGAGUUUAAAAAGAUGUUCCCCAUCUUUGAAUAGUAGAUAAUUUGUGUUGUGAUAUAAUCACAUUUACAGACACUAUUCCAGUAUAAAUAAGAUACCUAGAGCGAAAGUUUUCAUUACAAAAAAACAAGAAUUUUGGUUAAGUUUACUUUUUAACUUAAUAAAAGAAAAAUAGUAUACAUUGUCAAAAAUAUGUUUUAUAGUAAUAUUUGGUUUGACCAUUCAUAUUUUUGGUAGCUCUGAACAGCUUGUAACAGAACUGAUUGU